GCCACUGCUCUCCCGGGCUGCGGCGGGGACCCGGGAGUCCGGGGUCUCCCCGCAACUAAUUUAUCUGAGACCGUAGUCACCGCUCGGAGGGUAUCGCCUGGAGCUCACGCUCUUUUGUAAGUCAAGAAUUAUUUCACAAAGUGCUUUAUUUAAACUGCAGCCUACAGUCUUAUAUUGAGUUGUGCCUGAAGAAAAACUGUUUGAUAUGACUUUUAGAAGAAAGAACAAUCAGUGUAUCUCUAGGUUGUAGGAAAUGGAGAGUUCCCUAACUACUAUCCAGUUCCUUGGCACACAGUGGAGUUAAAGCAAAGAGAAGAUUUGUGGAUAUUGAAUAUGCAAGGAGCUGAAGAGAGAGAGAUUGGAAAAGAGAUUUGUCCAGGUUGGGUGAGCAAGCCUGUUCCAGAGCAGGAUGCCUCUGAAAUUGAUUCGCCAGGGAUAGUAGAAAAGAGAUUCCAAGAGGAUGAAUCCCAGGAUUCUAUAUUCGAAGAAAAAUAUGCAUGUCAGAGCAUGAAGGAAAACUCUAUGGGAGAGGUUCCUGGGCCGUGCUUUUUUGAGGAAGGAGUUUUUAAGGGAAUAACUUUCAUCCACAAGGAAGCAACUCCUGAAAUGAUUAGCCAAGAAUAUAAUUUUGAGAAAAGGUUGCUUCUGACCUCAAGCCUUGUUACACAUCUCAGGGUUUCUACAGAAGAGAGCCUACAUCAGUGGGAGACAACUAGCGUAAACACCAGUGAGAUUUCAGACCAAAGUAAAUGCCCAACCCUCUCCACACGGAAAAAGUCUUGGACGUGUAAUGAAUGUGGAAAAACAUUUACUCAGAGCUCAUCCCUUACCCAACAUCAGAGAACUCAUACUGGAGAGAGACCAUACACAUGUGAGGAAUGUGGGAAAGCCUUUAGUCGUAGUUCAUUCCUUGUUCAACAUCAAAGAAUUCACACUGGAGUGAAACCAUACAGAUGCGAGCAAUGUGAGAAAACAUUUCGAUGUCGAUCCUUUCUUACUCAGCAUGAGAGAAUCCACACUGGAGACAAACCUUAUAAAUGUAAUGAGUGUGGAAAUUCCUUCCGCAAUCAUUCACAUCUCACCGAACAUCAGAGAAUUCACACUGGAGAGAAACCUUAUAAAUGUAAUAGGUGUGGGAAGGCAUUCAAUCAGAAUACACACCUCAUUCACCAUCAGAGAAUUCACACUGGUGAGAAACCUUAUUUAUGCAAUGAAUGUGGCUCUUCUUUUCGCAAACACUCAAACCUUACACAACAUCAGAAAAUUCACACGGGGGAAAAGCCCCAUAAAUGUGAUGAAUGUGGGAAAACUUUCCAAACAAAGGCAAACCUCUCUCAGCAUCAGAGAAUUCAUACUGGAGAGAAACCCUAUAAAUGUAAGGAAUGUGGCAAAGCUUUUUGUCAAAGCCCAUCCCUUAUUAAACACCUGCGGAUUCAUACUGGAGAGAAACCCUAUAAGUGUAAGGAAUGUGGCAAAGCUUUUACUCAGAGUACCCCACUCACUAAACACCAGAGAAUUCAUACAGGGGAGCGACCCUACAAAUGCAGUGAAUGUGGUAAAGCCUUCAUUCAGAGCAUUUGCCUUAUUCGGCAUCAGAGAAGUCACACUGGAGAAAAACCCUAUAAAUGCAAUGAAUGUGGGAAGGGCUUCAAUCAGAAUACCUGCCUCACUCAGCAUAUGAGAAUUCAUACUGGAGAGAAGCCCUAUAAAUGUAAAGUGUGUGGGAAAGCCUUUGCUCAUAGCUCAUCUCUUACUGAACAUCAUAGAACUCACACUGGUGAGAAGCUCUAUAAAUGUAGUGAGUGUGAAAAAACCUUCCGCAAGUAUGCACACCUUAGUGAACAUUACAGGAUUCACACUGGUGAGAAGCCUUAUGAAUGCAUUGAAUGUGGAAAAUUCUUCAGACAUAGUUCAGUCCUUUUCAGACAUCAGAAACUUCACAGUGGUGAAUAAAUCUGGUGAUAGGUUAUGAUAGUUUCCCUAGAAAUUGUGGGUAGGAAUCUGGCUGGGGGAGAGGGGCAGGUAGAGUUCCUAGAGUGAAGGAUGAAGGAGCCUUGGCGACUGUACUCAAAAGAGUAUUUCCAGAAAUGUCGGUGGGAUCUUGGAGAAUGCAAAGCCUACUCCAGGUGAGCAUCUGGGAGUACAGGGUAGAAAAGUUCCUGCUUUUUAGAUAAAUCCUUGCUGCUUGCCACUCUCCCUGUGACUCUCAUACCUUGAGGUGCCAUUUAUUAAGUUAGCGCAUACUACACCCCUGCCCCACCUUCCCAGCUUACCAUGUAUGUUCACUGACCAGUAGGAUGAGGUGCUUUUUCAAAUACUUUGUGAAAGUGGCAGCAAUUCUGAGUUAGUGCUAAGCAGCCUCCAGAUGUCUGAGGCAGCUCUCACCAUACUAGUGUGGGGGAGGCUGCUUAACCUGUGGAAGUGGUUCCAUGGAUGGGAGACAGAAACAAGUGAAAGACAGUCCCUAUUCAUAACAACAAAUAAGGGGAUACGUGGCAAGAACUGGGCUGAUUGCUACAGCGAUGUUGGUAAAGAAGGCUUUUAUCAGGGUGAGGGAGAUCUUUCCCGAUCUUUUCAAAAAGCUGGAGGGUGAUUUGAGGUUAAGAAGGAAAUGGGUCAGUUGAGACUUCUAGAUUGAUACCAGUUUGUGGGAAGGGAGAUUCGCUCAGAGGGCCAUGGAGAGGAGGGCCCAGCCUGCUUCCCAGAGGAAUACUGGCUUAUCCAGGAAGGACGUGGCCUGUGCUAGGCUGCUGGCGAUAAGAGGCCACCGAGCAGGAAUCCUGCAUGUGACUGAGCAAACCACCAACAUAUCUCUGCGAUGGACUGAGAUGUACGAUUGUCUCGUAACUUUGGGUGGAUCACUGGUUCACAGGGACCGGGGGGAGGGACCCACGGAGAUUAACAGUGUCUGAGCAAAGUGGACUCGGUUUGUUGGCCCUUAGGGAGGAGAAAGCAUUAGUGAUGAAGGAAGACAGCCUUUUAGGUUGGCUAUAGUUGGGGGCUGCUGGACCAGUCCUUAAUAAUAUGUUGGUCACUGUAGCAGGGAGGGCUAGGUUUCACGUAAUUAUGCCAUUGGUGCUAUAACUAUAGAUUUGUUAGAUCUCAGAUGUUUCUGUUUUUUCUUGGGACUGUCUUAUUCCUGGAUAUUUAACCUUCCCUGCAGGUUAGGGGUGUGUAGGGAAACACUUCUCAGGGGAUGAAUUUGGAAAGCGUUAUAGAGGAUUACUUCUUUUUCAAAUCCCUGAAAAUCAAGAUGUCACUGGUUGCUACUGACUUUGAUGGUAUUUUAUUCUUUUGAGAGAAAGGGCAUGCUUUUUCCCCUAUUUCCCCACUCCCUUUCAUGUUCUUAACUGCUACCCAAAGAUUCAACUCUGGAAGAUUAAGUGAGGAUAACCUUUGACUGGUAUUUGAAACCGUUCCUAUGCUCUGAAGUUUAUACAGUUUUAAAAAAUAUGAUUAUUAAAAACAAAAGUAAAUUGAUUCUGGAAUGGUUGAUUAUUUGGAACUGAGCAUUGAAUUUUUUCCAGAGCAACUAUAUUGCUUUGAGCCAUUAAUUACCAUUAAUGGGAAUGUAGCGGAAAUAUCACAUACACUUGUCCCGCAGGUGUGAAGAUUAGGUUCUCAAAACCUGGCACAGAGCAAUUUAUGUUUGAGUAAAUUAAUAUCUUACGGGCAAAAAUAACCCAAUGAGAAGUUUAUAUUUUAUACUCAUAAAAAUAUACAUAUGAGUGUAGUCUACUGAAAGCAAAUGUCAUUGUAUUCCAAAUGAAAAUUAACAGUAUAGAAUUUAUUGCUGGCACCUAGUAAAUGUUCGAUAAAUAUUUAUUUUUUGAAUUAAUAUAUUCUAAUAAAUCUUUGCCCUCCAGAAACUUUAGGAACUUCCAGAUAUGUAAGUAUUUAGCAUAAUAUUUAUACACUGCUAUCUUUGGAGUCUUGAGUGGAGAUAAAGAGGGUAAGGAGAGUUUUCUUGAGGAAGAAAUGGUAAAACCUUAAGGGUGAAAGAUGUUGAUGUUUUUGUUAGAAAUAUUUUCUGAAACGGAAUGGGCACAACUCUUGAGUUUUUAAUUUUCAGGCUAAGAAUCUGGUGCCAUUUUCACUUCCUGGGGAAACAAGAAGGAAAAGAACUUACCAUCUUUCCACUGCCCUUAUCCUGUAUUCUCACAUUUGCACAUAUUUGUUCCUAAGUUUCUCUCAGUUGCCAACCCAUUGUGUAGGUCACUCCAGAUUGGCCCGAAGAGGUAUUUCCCUCUUCCUCAAUCUUCCUUUUUCUUCAGUCUUCAUAUCCCAUCAACUAUUAUAUCCUGUUGACAUUAUCUCCUAAAUCUGGAAGCCAUCUUCUGUUGCUUUAGUCCAAUUCACCAGUUUAUUUUCUAGAGAAUUUUUAUAUUUUCCUAACCAGCCUUUAAGUUUCUUGCCCCACUAGGCCAUCUUUCACAUUUCUUCUGGAUGUCUUUGCAAGACAACUGUGGCAGCUCUAGUGUUCUCUCUCAGAAUAAAAUUCUAGCCCCUUAAAGAGGCUGCACAGGCCCCUCAGCUGGCCUGUGCCUACAUCGCCGUUAGCUGCUAUUCCUGCUUUGCACAUUCUGUUCCAUAGCACACAUUCUUAUGAUUCUACAUCACUGCUGGACUCUACUUUGGCACCUCUGUACAAACUGUCUAUUGCCUCAAUAACGUUCCCUGCUUCUGCUUGCCCGAAAAGCUCCCAUUUGUCACGUAUAAAUGUGCUCAGGCAACAUCACCUUGAAGCUGUCUCUGACCUUACCUAUUUUUAAUUAUUUCUGUAUUUUGUAUCUUCAUCAUUUUCAUGUUACAUACAUUGUAAUGACCUGUUUACUGGUCUUUCUGUUUCCACUGAACUGUCAGCUCCAUCAGGGCAGGGCCAUGUGCUAUUUAUUCAUCUCUGUAUCCAUAGUCUCGCACUUACUAGUUGUUUAAUAAGUAUUUGUUGAGCUCAACUAAAAUAUUAAGUUAGACAGUUCUCCAUGCCAACUUGUGACUUUGGCCCACAGAAAGGAGGUGUAGUGAGUACAUGAGUGUGUCAUUAAGUGUUUGCAAGGAGCAAGAAUUCUAAACCUUUUUGUGAGAUACAGAGUGUGUGGUUGUAUUAAGCAGAGGAUCCCAUAAAAAGAAAUGGUUUGCAGCACACAAAAAAAUUUGUGUUAAAAUUAAGCAUUUGAAUGUCCCACCACAGUUUAACAAAGCACUUUCAGAUAUGUUGGUGUCAGGGUCAGCAGGAAGAGGGAAAUGUACGCAGCUGUGGAAGCAUACCUAUGUCGACUGGAAUACCCAUGAAAUAAGCACGCGCUGGACAGUGAUGCUGGCCUGGCAGGAGAGCAGUUGAGCUUAGAAUUCCCAACACGGAAGUACUGAGCUCAUGGCUUUCCUUAGGCUCUGGAAUGAUAAAGAAAUGGAAUGUGCCAGGGUGGCUGGUUAGCUCGGUUGGUUAGAGCAUGGUCCUGGUAACACCAAAGUUGCUGGUUCAAUCCCCGCAUGUGCCACUGUGAGCUGUGCCAUCCUUAAAAAAAAAAAGAAAUGGAAUGUGUUGCUUAUUCAGAGUAUGCUGAAAUUUAAGUAGUGACUUCAGAAGGACCCCAAGGGAUGAGGUCACAUUUGAUUCUAAAAACAAAAAGGGAAAACAGAGGUCACUGGAAUUGCCAAGGUCACUUGGCUAGUAAGUGUUAAGUGAAGUUGUUCUUUCUGGCUUUUCCUUCAGAUUUUUCUGUAGGUUGUACGUCUGCUACAUGAUGCCUUGUUAUUGUAUCUAUUAUAAGACACAAGUAUAUUGGCCACUUAAGGCUCUAACCUUGCCCUACUCCUAAAGAUGGGAGGAGCUCACUUUAGAUCAAGAAGCUUGGGCUCUCAGAAUCAGACCUUCCUGCAUGUAAGAGAAGGUGAGAAAUGACUUUGCAUUUUGAUCCCACCAUUCUUCCUAUGUAAUGCAGAAAUGUAGCCUUUAUCCCAGGUGGUUUCCGUUUUGUGGAAUGGUUUUGGUGUCCAUCACUUGCAUCCAUUUUCUACCUUUCAGUGAAAGGAGCUCAGCCCAAAUUGCUAUUAGUAUGAUUUCUGUUUCUAGUAAUCUGUUCUGCCUCCAGAUGGGGUCACCCUGGAGGGGUAACCCCCUCCAGGAUUAGUUUCCACACAGCAGAACCUGUUGAUUUAGAGAUUCUUUGAAGCCUAACAAAAAACAUACUUAGCCCUAGCCUAGGCUCUCUGGCCUGUGGGAUGUUAGGGCUGGGGUUAGAACUUGCUAUCUGAUUCCAAAGUAGACACUGGUGAAAAAGGCAAGUUCAACAUUGUUCCCUGGCAUUUCAGCUGACAAUUCUACAAAGGGUCCUCUUUUACCGGAAGAUGGUUAGUGAUGGUUUCAGUCUGUGGCAUCUGCACACCUGAUUUCAGCUCCUAAAUUAGGGGCUCCAUUUUGGGAAAUCAGCCCAUCUGGAAAUUUGAGCAGGAAACUUCUCUGCUGCAUCUCAUUCAUUUAUUCAAGUGUUGAUUCAGUAUGUGCUGCUGCACACUAGGGAUGUGAUGCUGAUCAGACAGCCCUGUUUUCCUGAGCUUACGCAUGGGUAGGAAGGCUUGGAAGUGGAUCAAGUGCCCUGCUGCCUAUGCCUUUAUCCUUGGGGCACAUCUGUCAGGAUUAGCCCUCACGUGCAAAGUGUUCCUGAAUGAGGACCAGCAAGAUCUGAAGUUUUGCAAAACGGGGUCAGGGCCACUAACUUGAGGGCUGAAAAGGUCAAUGCAGAACAAUGACUGGCUGGAGCUGGGAUUUGAGGAACACGAUAGGAUGAACAUUACUGAACAUUUUUUUUAAAAAAGGUUAUCUACUGUAGGAUAACUUUUUUUUUUAAUUGGGAAAUAUUGGGGAACAGU